ACAUGUGCGUGGUUAACCUAUGCUAAUUCGGCGAAAUCUUUCGAUAUCGAUAUAACCUGGAAAUAAAGUUACAACUGUAACAAUUAUCAAAGCCAUUAAGGACCUUAGUUCCUUAUCAAUCUAUGACAUUGCUGAUUAAUAGAGUCCUCCUCCGAUUCACUUCUUUUGGAGUAAGUUCGCUCAUCCGUUUCACCAAUACCAUCUUUUCCAUUGAGAGGGUACCUUUAUUAAAGAGACAUUUGACAACUUUUGUCAGUCACAACUACAACAAAAUGAGCAGUGCAGUUCCUAAUGAAGAACUAAAAGAUGUUUCUUACACUGUAACUAAAGCAUCAACGUGUGAUACUGGAGGAAAUAUAGAGAGAAGUAAGGAAGAAAAUGCUAAUCUUGAGGAAGAUACUGCUAAAGUAGUGGAAAAUAAUGCUAUAGAGGAAACUACUGCUGAAGUUUUACCUCAUGUGGGAAAGAGUGAAUGCUCAGAAGCUGCAGAGUUUGGGGGGAAUUUGACAUCAGUGGGGACUCAGUGUAGUGGCUCUAACGAAGUGAGCAUUGUGGUGUGGAAAACGUGUUGGUCGGAAAAUGAAGAGGAGCCAGAGCCUAACGAUACUGUGGAUCAGAAACUUGACGACAACUUAAAGGACAAGGAAGGCCUGGUCACUCCGGGGACUGAAAAGCGGAAGGCCUCCGACGAUCUUGAACUCAACAAGGACCUGAAAAAGGCCAAGUUGGAGACGAAAGCCUUGAAGGCCAAGAGGCCAGGUUUUACCGACGACCGCUACAACGAGACCUCGUACUACAUCGAGAAUGGUCUACGGAAGGUAUACCCAUACUACUUCACGUUCACAACGUUCACCAAAGGCCGCUGGGUAGGUGAAAAGAUCCUCGACGUGUUCGCGAGAGAGUUCAGGGCUCACCCCGCCGAGGAGUAUGAGCGGUGUAUAAAGACUGGUUCGCUGACAGUGAACUAUGAGAAGGUGGACAUUGACUACAGAUUGAAACACAACGAUCUUCUGGCCAACAUUGUCCACAGACACGAGACGCCUGUGUUAGCUAAGCCCUUGAAAUUGGUCCAUGUAGACGAUGACAUAGUGGUCUUGGACAAACCCUGUUCAUUGCCGGUUCACCCUUGUGGGCGAUAUCGUCACAACACCGUGGUAUUUAUCCUGGCGAAGGAAUAUCACUUGAAAAACCUAAGGACGAUCCACCGGUUGGACCGACUCACCAGUGGUCUACUGUUGUUCGGACGGACGCCGAAGAAGGCGAGACAAAUGGAACACCAGAUCCGCAACAGACAGGUGCAGAAGGAAUACAUCUGCAGGGUGGAGGGGGAGUUUCCAGAUGAGGUGAUAGAAUGCAUAGAGCCCAUUGAGGUGGUCAGCUACAAGAUCGGUGUGUGUAAAGUUUCUCCCAAGGGGAAAGAUUGCAACACGACUUUCCAGAAGCUGGGCUACAAUCCUGAGACCAACACCAGCGUGGUUCUCUGCCUCCCUCAUACUGGACGUAUGCAUCAGAUCAGAGUGCAUCUGCAGUAUCUGGGCUAUCCAGUGGUGAACGACCCCCUGUACAACCACACCGUGUUCGGCCCCGAGAAGGGACGAGGAGGAAACAUUGGGAAGUCGGACGAGGAACUGAUCCGAGACCUGAUAUCUAUCCAUAACGCCGAGAACUGGCUGGGCAUGGACGGCGACUCUGAACUGUCCAUGUUCAAACCAACGCUGCUUAACUUUGAUGAGGAAGACAAAGGAGGGCUGAGCCGGGAAGGUUCGCCCAGUCUACCGCCCCCACCCCCGCCACAUCCACCCCCGCUGGUUGCCGCCGCCUCCGCCAAGGUCACCGUGGCCACACAGACAGGUCAGGACGCGCCCGACUUGUCCUUCCACCCGGACAAGCUGACCUCCGACCCUCAUUGUUACGAGUGCAAAGUGAAAUACAGAGACCCAAAACCUCGGGAUCUAGUGAUGUACCUUCACGCAUGGAAGUACAGGGGGCCGGGUUGGAGUUACCAGACGGAACUACCAGAAUGGGCCCGUAUCGACUGGGUUGAUACAGAAGACUAAGCCAGUCCAAUGGACAAAACCAAGGGUCCAACCACACCUUUAGGAUUGUUUGUUUUUGUCUUCCUAUUGGAAUUUCUAUUUUAAUUUCAUAAUUAGGACCUAAAAGAAGAGCCAGGUUAAGUUAAAUUUCGUUUAUGAUUUCUUUUGAACCAUUAAAGCUUAGAAGAUUUAAGAGUAGAAGGCAUGUAAAUAAUUCAGUAAUGAUGCCUUACAUAGUCAAUUAUUUUACCUUAAGUUUAUAUUUCAAAACACCUUAACAUUUUGCUACUAUCCUAAAUGGAAACAUUGAUUUCUGUUACUUUAACGUUGAUCCCAAAUUGUGUAAAUCCUACCUACACACCUAAUUCUCCCCACUGUUUCUUGAUUUUCCUUUUGAACAAACCCUGGCUCUUAUAACCAAGUGUGAUUGUUUGUUUUCAUUCUUUUAGUUGUUUCCUUUUGAUUAAACAUUUCCUGUUGUUCAUUGUUUUGUAUUUUCUGUCUAUUUAUGUUUAAAACUGAACUUGAGCUUAAGGACCUGGAAUGAUCCGGUGUCACGUUUUAAGACAAAAGACAUUAUCACUUAGGAAAUAGUGCUUGUUAAGUAGUUAACAUUUUUCUUAGAGGGUUGGCCAAUUCUGGUGCCUCUUGUACAGAUUAUUUUGAAAUAGAAAUCAAGUUUUUGUAAUUUUAAUUUUAAUACUUCCCACUUUAAAAAAAAUGAUUGAUAAUUUAGUUUGAAGAUAGACUAAACAUAAUUAUAUUUUAACUAGCAUUUUUACAAUGAAGACACCUAAAUUCCCUACAAGAGGCUUCAAGAAUUGUAUAGAUGUAAGGAUAAGAUGGCUAUAAGGUUUUGAACACUGUACAUUUGCUUAUGGUCUACACACAAGGAGAAACGAUUCUUAUAGUAAGAAAAUAUCAUGAAUAUGUUUUAUCCAUUCAUAAUAGAAGCUUUGUUACUAUUCAUUUAAUUCUUUUUUUAAGUAGAAGACAAUUCUAAUGUACAUUAGAUGAAAUGAUUCUAAUUCUAUCAACAAAUUAAUUUUAUAAAAUAAAAAUAAACAUAGUUUUAAAACAAUUGUUUACUUUUUAGUAUCUUUUCCAAACUUCAAAGGAUACUAAUAGUGAAAUUCAAAACUUGGUUAGAAAAAAUGUUUAAUUGGCUCAAAGUUGGGCUCGACUUUUGCAUAGAAACACAAAUUUUUAUUGAGAUGUGAGUACUUGUGACUUUCAGAUAUUGGCCGAAUGGAAAAGCACAUUUGGUACAAGUUACGAUCGAUACUUUUCAUUAUAAUUCAAAAAGCUAGUUAAAGUCAACUUUUGUUCACAUUAUUUUAUUGUAAAAUAUUAAAAACACAAUUUAAAUUGUAAAAAAACAUUAUUGUGCUUAGUGGGCAACUAUUUAGGCAAUGAAAAUCAGCUGAUUGGUUUACCAUUGCUCUAAAGUAGAAUGUUUUCACCUAAACUGUCAUUGAAAAUUUGCUACGAGUUCUACAUGAGCUAUGAAAGAUGUAUCCAAUCAUAAAUAAAGUAAUCAUAAAGACAAUUUUAAAAUUUUCACUACCAGAUUAGAUGAAAUGUAAAGCCAGAUGUUGUAUCUGUGAUUGUAAUGAUGUUGUACAGUGUUGUUGGUUGUUUCUGGGAUUGUAUUUUAUGUCUGAACAUGUUUCAACUUUGACGUAUUAUAUUCUCUAGAAUCCCUUCUUCAGUUUCAGUUAAAUUAACAAGAUAUUGUUGACGUUUCCGGAAUUGUAAAUAGAAGCAUAGAAAAUCUGACGGAGACAAAUCAUUUUGACACUUUAUUGACAAACCCAAUAAAAUUUUUAUAUUUUUGCAAUUCACAACGUAUUUGUUUAAUAUUAUGUUUAAACAGUCAAUUUUAUAUGUUUUAAUGUAUUUUGUUUUGAAAAAAAAGCACUUUGUGAAACACAUUUUACUUUCUCCAAGCCACCAACUGCUGGCGAGCUGAGUUGAAACAUGUCCAGGCUUGCAGGCUGUUAGACUGUUUGUGUUCCCUCUGGGGCCCAGCGCCUCUCCUAUGCCUUCAACCACUAUUCUUUCCCAGAUAUUGUGCCUUGAAAUUUCUCUGAAACACUAAUUGAAUCCACAGACUCGACACGACAGUGUUUUAUGUAUCGAUAGUGUAGUGACGUGAACAAUGGAAGAUUACAUCUGUGUUUUCAAUCAAUGUUUCUCCCCUGCUUUGAGACAAAUUGUAAAUUACUAUAAUGCAACUUUUGUUCCGCUGUACAGUUAGAGCUUAAUGUUUGGUGAUGUUUAGGCUAGAACAUAUCACGCUGAAGUUAUGUUGCGCCAUGAUAAUCUUUCUGGAAUUGUCCGAAUUAAUAGUUUGGCCGCAGCUUAGUGAUUUAUUUUCUAGUGUAAGUAGACACUGAGAUAGGUUAAGUUACCGUUCUACAGAUGUAAGUGCCUGUAAAUGUGUUCGUUACAGAAUGCUCUGAAAUUCAAAAACUUUCCAAAACUAAGUUUUUUAGACUAGAUUCUAUCAAGCUACGGUAGAGAGUUUUAAAUCGAUUGUGUAAUCUAAAAUACAUGUCAGGAAUGUUUUAACCUGCUUUGGUACUUGAAAUAUUGUAGGCCUUGUAACAGUAAGAGUAUUUGUACUUCAGAGUUUAACUGAUAUAAUAGUGGGAUUGAAUUUUUUAUUCAAAAAGUACUUUUAAUUAUAACCAUACUUCUUUACAGUUCUAUGUUUGAAUUGUUUAUUGAGCUAGUGUUUUGAUUUCCCCUUGUAACUGUGUAUUUACCCAUACUAGCGAAUCUGCGUGUUGUUAAGUUUGUUAUUGUAUUAUAAUAAUCUUUACAAAUCGUUCGCUAUCAGCUAAAAACCGCAAAGGUAAACCCCCUCCCCACUAUUUUUCUUAUACCUUGCUUUUAGCUACGUAGUUAGCCUAGUAAAUACAGACAAUAAUAUUUUACAGUGAAAUGACACUCGUGCCGAUUCACUUUUUAUCCCCCAUACUUUCUUAGGACAAUAGAUUAUUUAUUUUUUGUUAGUCAAUGCUUGGCAGACAAAAUCCCUUCGCCGGUUAAAAUUUUUAUAUUUAUAUUACGAUAAUUCGAUUGUAAAUUUAGCCUUUAUCGUUAAGCACAUACAAUACGAUAAGAAACACUAAGUUUAGCUGAGGUUAAGACACAUUUGUAGAAACUAUUUGAGUACGAAUGAGAACCGUAUUUGUUUACCAUAAGUAAGUAACCGAGUAACUGGUUAUUGCCUGAACAUUGUACCAAGAAUUGAUCACAAAUUUGUUUUGAAUAAAUAUAUUUCCAAAUAAAGGUAAA